AUGUAUACUUUUAGUUGCUUCGCUUCUCUGCUGUGCAGGGCUCAGCAUCGGGUUGUGGCUGACCAAGCUCCGGACUAUGUAUCCCCCUUGCCUCUAUCUAGAGAAGGCUCUCUGGCAUCAUCUUCCACCUCCUUGCUGAGCUAUCGCCAGCUUACAGGGGACGCCACGGUAGGUCUCGGCGAGAGAUCAGAGCUGGACGGUUCAGGCUUCACUUCGUCUCCGUCUGAAGACUCGCUCGCCUUUGACCAAACCCAGAUCGGCGUCUCUCAGUGGCUUCGAGAGGUCGAGGCCGCAACAGACUCCCUUGCACACGAGGGCCCGCCAAAUGACUUUUCCUUCUGGAACCGAGAGACCGAACCCGAAACAGGCAGCCCGCCAUCCGAGUCGACCAGCGAUAGCGGUGAGUCGACACAAGGAGAAGCUUCUGGAGACCCAGACGGUGAGGAUACAAGGGAGCCUCCCCAGGUUGACUGGGUCACUUUCGGCUUGUUGGUGAGCAGGGACGAUGGUACUCUUGCCAGGCUGCGCAGGGAUGAGAACCCCGACUUCCACCUGCCUACUCCUGCUACGUUGUUGAGCCGUAGAGCUACCUGGCAUGGGGACGAGACUGGAACAGCUCGCGCUGUCGAAGUGUAUGAAUUUGGCUCAGGUGAUGCUACGAUUGUCCAAGUUGGUGCAAGCUCAGGGGCUGGUGAGGUUCCUGUUAAAAACGACCCCAAGCGCCAGGGUGGAGUUUGGGAUGUCAAGUUUUGA